GCGUCGCCUACGAACGAGCGGACCGAGUAACCUGUCCUUGGAUAUCUCCGCUAUCUUUCUGAACGCACCUCUACCGAACGGCGUCAUGAAAUUGGCCGCUGUGCUGUGCACAAUGUUAGGGAACUGCGUACUACGGUCCUGCUGCGAACCUUUGCCACAUUUUCUGCACACUUCUGAAGACGAAGAAGAGUAUGCGGAACUGAGUGCAGCGGAAAUCGAAGACGUGGAGAGAGCCUUCAGGCGUUUCCGUGAGGGAUUGGCGACACACUACAGCGAUGACAGUGCGCCUACCAUUUCGAUCGCCGGGCUGGAGGGCGUCUUCAACGUGGCCCGGAACCUGGCACACUUAUGGCCGCGCACACCCGAGAAUGUCGAUCCACAAUUCCUAGUCUACUCGAACGCCUACGAUGAAGGACCUUCGGACGAACCUAAGGGAGAGCCCGUGCUUGCUUUGCGCCAUGACGGGAACUUCAGUGCUGUGGCCAAACAUCUGGACCCCAAACAGACCUUCUACUUCAUUGUCCACGGCUACCGCAGCAAGGGCUAUGCUAACUGGGUGCAGCGCAUCAAAGACGAAAUACUUGCCACAGAGAAAGCCACGGUGAUCGUGGUCGACUGGGCGAAGGGCUCUCGGGUCUACAAUUACAGCCUAGCCGCGCGUGGCACUCGCACGUUGGCACGUCUGGCAGCCACAAUGGUCAAGACGCUCGUAGAUGCCGGGGUUCUGGUUCCGUCACGCAUCCACUACAUCGGCCACAGCCUGGGUGCUCAAGCGGGAGGAUUCUUCGGCGAAGACGUGCUUUCACUCACAGGAUCAAAAGUGGGACGGAUAACAGGUCUCGAUCCGGCUGGCCCAUUGUUCGAGUACUUCGGCGUUUACCUGCGCAAGGAGCACGCCGAAUUCGUGGACAUCAUCCACACCAGUAUGGGCAUGGGCUUCAAUUCGUUCCGCGGCCGCCUGGGCAUGACCAAGAACUCGGGUCACGUGGACUUCUACCCGAACGGGGGCAGUCGGCAGCCCGGAUGCCGAAGCUUUGGACGUCCGGACUGCUCCCAUUCUCGGGCCACCCUGUACUACGCCAACUCCAUUCGCACCUGCAGCUACCCGACGUUGCUGUGCGCCGACUACAAUGCUUUCAAGAACCAUCGGUGCGCGCCCUGUGACGAGGCGCCCUGCGGUGUUAUGGGCCACAACGCCAGUGCGAACUUGAGGGGGAAGCAUUUCCUCAGCAUAUCAUCCGCGUACCCGCACUGUCCAGGCGGCGCCGUGGCGAGAACCGCUUCUUUAGUCGUCAUUUUCUCGUCUCUUUUGACUGUGUCCACGAGCUUUGCCGCUACUGCGGGAGACAACCUGAGGAUUAUAAAUAGUCUUCACACAUAGGGGGCCCACUUAAGUACAUAGUAGUUGGGCGUAUGUAGGCCCACUAGGCCCCCGCCUAUAGUCAGCCAUAGCCUAAGGCUGUGACGCACAGCAGGACCAAGCAGACCUUAUAGAAUGAGUACGCGUAGACAGUACAAAUGCUUCGGGACAAAAAGCUUUUACCUUGAGUUAGUACAUAUCUUACGCAAACGUUUCUUAUAUGUUAUGUCAGCUAAAACUGUGUUAGUGACUAGUACGGACAACAAAUUACGGGGGAUGCUUAUAACAACAACGGGAACUCUCGGACAGUCUACGCUAGAUAUUUUGUGAGAGAAAGAAUUAUUUAUUUAUUUAUUUUUCACUGUAUUAGGGCUUGAAAAAGCCUUUAUAGUCGAUCUUUUGUAAAUAAGAGUGACGUUCGUUCAUUUUUGCAACACCAUAAUAGUCAGCUCCAUUGAAUGGUGUCAAACAGAAAAAAAAAAGAAUGUAAGUAACAAGCAUGUAAGAAGUUGGCAUUUAAAAUUAAGGUGUGCGAAGACCUGAAACGGUGAAAAUGUUUAACGUGUGUUUGAUUAAAAAUAUCUACGAUUUUUUUUAACGAA